AUGUUUUCCGGACUAUACAACAGGAAGUGUUUAUACAACGAGGGGUUUGUGUUUGAGACGAUACACAAACUGAAUCGGAAACUGGUGCCGUGGCAGCUGGUAUUAGCCGUGAGGAAAUUUGAGUGGAGGACUACUUUCAGCACGUGCUACAUCUACGAGGAGAACAACCCCGACGGCUGCAGCAGCCCUGAUGACCAAUUCGAGGGCUAUUGCUCGUUCUGUUGUGAUGGAACACGCUGUAACAAGGAACUCCCGCCUUAUGGGCCAGACUCGGGCGAUGAAACUAAAGACAUGAAUGACGAAGAUAGCAAAUCCGGGGGCGCCAAGUCAGCAGGACCGGGUGGCAAGUCAGCAGGUGGCAAGUCAUCGGGACCGGGUAGCAAGUCAACAGGUGGCAAGUCAUCGGGACCGGGUAGCAAGUCAACAGGUGGCAAGUCAUCGGGACCGGGUAGCAAGUCAACAGGUGGCAAGUCAUCGGGACCGGGUAGCAAGUCAACAGGUGGCAAGUCAUCGGGACCGGGUAGCAAGUCAACAGGUGGCAAGUCAUCGGGACCGGGUAGCAAGUCAACAGGUGGCAAGUCAUCGGGACCGGGUAGCAAGUCAACAGGUGGCAAGUCAUCGGGACCGGGUAGCAAGUCAACAGGUGGCAAGUCAUCGGGACCGGGUAGCAAGUCAACAGGUGGCAAGUCAGGGGGUAGCAGUAAGUCAAAGGAUUGCAAGACAUCGGGUGGCAAGUCAUCGGAUAGCAAGGGAUCGGGUGGCAAGUCAGGGGGUUGCCCCACUGUGAAGCCAAAACCACCGCAGACACCCCAACCACAAGUAAAAACCCAACCUCCAAUGACCCAAGCCCCAGCCACACGACCACCAGCCACGCCACCCCCAGCCACACGACCUCCAGCCACGCCACCCCCAGCCACUAACCCACCUCAGACACAGGCCCCACCAGCAACCAACCCACCUCAGACACAGGCCCCACCAGCCACCAACCCACCUCAGACGCAGGCCCCACCAGCCAACAACAUACCUCCACAACAACCAAUCAACGUGGUGCCAUCUUGUCACUGCCACGCUGAUAACAGCCGUGGGCAGUUCCGGACUGGACGUAUCUAUAAAUCUUCACAUUGGAGGGAUAUUGUUUGGCAACAGCGGAAACCAGAUGAGCCCAGCUCAAGUUGUUCCCAGUUGUCCCUGUGCCCAGCAGCAGAACAACGUCAAACCCGCAACAACAACAAUGCCAACGCAAGCGCCAAAUCCACAAACGCAGACCGCUGCUCCAACCACGCCCAAACCAACCGUAGGUUCAACAAAGGCCCGCGAUCACCGAUACCGUCACUGAGACCGACAACAGCAAAACCAACGAAUCCACCGACAACAGCAAAACCAACGAAUCCACCGACAACAGGAAAACCAACGAAUCCACCGACAACAGCAAAACCAACAAAUCCACCGACAACAGCAAAGCCAACAAUUAAAGUUGCUCCGAAAUUACCUACCACUGCAAGUCCGACUACACCAACUACUGCGUCAACCGCUUCAACUACAACAACUACAUCAACGACAACAACCACGACCACAACCCUCCCAACUACCACUGUGAAACCUGUUCAGUGCUACAAAUGCAAAGAUCUUUCUUGUUUCGACAUGAGCCUUGUGAACUGUCCAACUGACCAGCCCUACUGCAUGUCCACCAUCAGUCAGAGCGCAACAGGAGCCAGGAACUUCACGAGAGGAUGCGUAACGGAACAAGUGUGCAAGAACGAGUGGUGGCUGUCAACAGCUGGACUGGCCGACUGUUUUCUGUUGGACGGAUCUCCUUCCGGUUUCUCGGGCCUACCCGUCGGGAAAUGCAGCUUUUGUUGUCAAGGUGAUGGCUGUAACAAAGACGCCAUACCGCCGGCAGGGACAUUGUAUGACCCUAAAAGUAAGUCGACCCCUCAUCCAGAUGUACAUCCUUAGAAUACACUUGUAUGAUGUUUAGAAAUAAAUAGUGUCCAUCUCA